UCCAGAUUGCCAUGGCCGCCGGUGCCGCCGCCAUGCUGUCGCUGGUCCUCAGCGGCAUUCCGAGCGUCGCCGCGUUUUGGGGAAAUACAGCUCCCCUCUUCGAGGAUUCCCAAACCAUCCGUUCCUUCACAUCGGAUGACUUUGCCUCGGGCGUGCUCGCGAGUGACGUCGCGUGGGUCGUCGACUUCUACGCGCCGUGGUGUCCGCACUGUCGUCACUUUGCGCCGCAUUACGAGGCCGUGGCCGAUCACUACGGCGAGUCCACGACUGUCAAGUACGGCGCCGUUGACUGCACUGUUGAAGACAAAUUAUGCACCGACUACCAGAUCAUGGGAUACCCUUCCCUCCUGCUGUUCAACGUGCCUGCCAAGGGCAGCAAACCCAUGCCCAUGCCAUUCAGGGUCAGGGGCAAGACAUUUGAAGGAGUCGUGACGUGGGUGGAAGAGGUCUUGACAUCGCAGAACAUGUCGACGGGCGUCGACUUGCCAGACUUUCGAAUGUACAAGGAGAUCGGGUACGGCGGCACCGCGCCGCCAAAGAAAUUUCCGAAUCUGCGCAGCGCCGUGACAAAAUCCCCUCGUGAGCGCAUCAAUUUACGUGCCGGCCAUCUUCGAGACGCCGGUCAUGCGCUCGCCUCGUCCUUGGAAACCGGCAUGUUUCUAGGCUCGUCGGUGCUGGCAUCGACCAAAUACGAUACCGUCGAGAAAUGGCUUCGGCUGCUCGUUGCCCGUUUUCCUCUCGAAGCGAACCGGCAAGCUCUGGCGACCCUGCUCUACCGCGUGCAGAGUCAGCGGACAUGGACGCUGGCCGAGUGGAAGGUGCUCAUUGCGACGUGGAAGCUCGAUGUCUUUGGUGACACUUACCCUCGGGACCUCUUUUCCAGAAAGGAGAUGGAGCUGUGUACGACCUACACGUGUGGUUUGUGGACGCUGUUCCAUGGCCUGACCGUGCCGCAGUCGACCGCGACAUCGCCGCUGUCCGCGGCGGAAGCUGCCGCCGUCGCCUUUGGCAUCCGAGACUUUGUCGUCAACUUUUUCGGCUGUGAAACGUGUGUUCAGCACUUUACUGCAGCCAACCCUGACGCCAAGCUGCAGGACAUUGGGCUCCACGGCGCCCCCGACGACGAGCUCAUCCUGUGGCUUCACGCGAUGCACAACUCUGUCAACGCCCGCACCAACCAUUCCAACUUCCCCAUGGCAGCGGUACAAAUGGACCCUUGAUGUGUGGUCGGUCAAUAUCUCGUGGGGGCAAUUGUAGAAUUGCCCAGCAUGCUACUCCCCCGCCAAACCGACGGCAGAUCUCGCCGUCGUGCAGUACCUCAAGAACGAGUACAGCGUGCUUGAAACAGAUAAAUUCGUCGACGACAGCAGCGCGCUAGAGGACCGCGUGGCGGACGAUGCGAACGUGUCUGCCUCGAUGCUGUUCGUUGGGAGUGUCGACCAUGUCGAAGUUAGCAGCGUCGUGCUCAUGACGGCCUUUGUGUUUGCCGUGUAUGUGCGGUACGGCCGGCGUGAGAUCAAGCCUCAACUCUACAGCGACGACGACGGCAGCAAAAGUGCGUGAAGGUCGGUGUAUCGGGGACCUCGACCAGCUCUCCCACGGCCGCGAUGCAGUGCUGCUAGGGUCGUGGAAAACGAUAGUUGAAAUUGGAAGAUCACGUGAAUUCUUGGAGUUCGAAGCACCGGUAGCUGGACGAAGAGGAACAUCCCGA